AUGUAUCAACGAAUCUUCGGCGUGACUCUCUCCCUCUUGGCCUUUACACCGACCGCCAAUUCCCAGAGCAACAAGCCGCUGAAAUGGAAGGAAUGCGAUCCCCCGAGCCCAUACCCAAACGUCCAAUGUGCCAAACAUCCGGUGCCUUACGACUGGGGCUCGGGACUCAGUCAGUACACGGCAAUGAGCGUGAUGCGCGUCAAGUCGCGCACCGAAAAGCCCAAAGGCACAAUCUUCCUCCCCUCCGGGCCAAAACGCUCCGGCACCAGGCUUCUCAAGCAGUACCUUGGAGAGAACUCGUCGGCCGCGAUGGAACUGCUCGACGAGUAUCACAUCAUGGGCCUGGACGUUCGUGGCAUAUCGGACCAAUCACCCAUCAAGUGUAACGCAACUCGAUGGAACAGACGCGUGCCUAGCAUGCCCAAGAAUUUGACACAGUAUAACAGGAUGCAGCAACACUGGAGGAAAAUUGCAGAGGAGUGCAGGGAGAUGACGGGGGAGCUGCUGUUUGACCACAUGGACACAUCCACAAUCGGACAGGAUAUCGAGAACGUCCGGUACAAUAAUUGGGAGCUUCCGCCCAAGAAUCGCAAGAUGCACAUGAUCGGCCUUUCGUGGGGCGCGCAAAUCGGGCUCGCCUACGUCGAAAAGAUCUCCGCGUAUAUGGGCAACAUUGUGCUGGACGGCAUCACUGAUCACACACAGGGCCCGAUCGGCACCAUCAUGGCCGAGUCCGCGGCCUUUGAGACGACGCUGAAGCACUUCUUCGACUGGUGCAGGGCUGAAUCUUCUUGCGCACUACACAGUCAGCCAAAUCUCGAGCACUUCUUCACUGAACUUGCUUCCAAAGCCGAGAACAAACCCAUUACCGCACCCAAUUGUAAGCAGGACGCAGGCGAACAUUCCUGUCGACCCAACGUCAAUCUGGAGGAGAUGAUGUUGAACGUGCAGAAAUACCUGGCUUCUGGGCCACCCGGAUGGUCGUUUCUAGCAGAGAGCCUGUUGGAUGCUUCCGAAGGAGACGCUUCCGCCCUUUCUGCCCAUUGGUUCACGUGCGAGACCGAUCCAACCUCCACUUGGGCCUCCCUCCUUACUGGUUGUCAAGAUUGGAUACCUGCCCGCGAUUUUCUAGAGCUCUUAGGAACCCAGCGAACACUACGAAUCCUCUCUCCUCUGACACGCGGAUAUACGCAAAGCUUCCUGUACUACUCUAGAUGCAUUUCCUGGCCUCGGAAGCAGAAAAGAGUGCAGAACGGACAGCGCCCAUUGUUGCAAGAAGGGAAGUCAAUCAAGCCCCUUUUGCUCGUCACCUCCGCCUUGGACCCCAUAUCCAGCGCCCAGGGGGCCAUAUCGCUACGCGCUCAGAUUCCACAAGCUGUUCUGGUGUACACAAACAAGACGGGACAUGAGAGUUAUGGCGCGCGAGGAGAUCUUACCUAUAUAGUCAACAGCGUUUUCAGAACAGACUCGUUUCCACAAGACGGAUCUGUAUAUCAGACAUGA